AUGAGCCUUUCAGUCAGGUUUGAUAUGGCAAGUUUCCAGCAGGCACAGACUAUGGCCUUUGCUAUAGAUGAGAUCAAUAAGAAUCCAAAUCUGCUUCCUAACAUCACUCUUGGUUACCAUCUUUAUGACAAUUGUGUAAAGUUGGGAGUGGCAUUCAGAGCUGCUACAGCUCUGAUUAGUGGGACAGAGGAGUCCUUCUCCAACCUAAACUGUGCUGGUCCACCACCAGUGAUUGCUAUUGUGGGGGAUCCAGGGUCUACUCACUCAAUUGCAAUCUCCAGUGUACUGGGGCUGUUUAGAGUGCCUAUGGUUAGCUACUUUGCCACCUGCUCCUGUUUGAGUAACAGGGAAAAGUACCCAUCUUUCUUCAGAACAAUACCCAGUGAUGCCUUCCAAGUACGGGCUAUGGUACAGAUCUUGAGGCAUUUUGGAUGGACCUGGGUUGGUCUUCUCUAUAGUGAUGACGACUACGGCAUCCAUGCCUCUCAGUCCUUCCACAAAGAUGUGCAGCUAUUUGGAGGUUGUGUUGGCUUUUCUGAAAUGCUGCCUCGUGAUAAUAACCGUAGAGAUAUUCAGAGUAUAGUGACAGUGAUUCAGGCCUCUACAGCUAGAGUGGUGGUGGUGUUCUCCACAGAAGCCUAUUUGUUACCACUAAUGGAUGAGGUGGCAUUGCAAAACAUGACAGGCAGACAGUGGAUUGCAAGUGAAGCUUGGGCUACUUCACCCGUGUUUCACACACAGCGUCUUUUACCUUUUCUGGGGGGAACACUGGGCAUCGCAAUCAGGCGUGGGGAGAUCCAAGGACUUCGUAAAUUUCUGUAUUACCUCCGCCCUGAUAACAAUCCAAGAAACAAUAUGGUAAGAAUCUUCUGGGAAAAUAUGUUCGGGUGCAGUUUUGAUGCUGGAGGCAGAGAGGUAGAGGGAGAAAAAAAAGUGUGUACAGGGCAAGAAGAUCUGAACAGCAUAGAAACAGCAUACACUGAUGUAUCAGAGCUGAGGGCAUCUUAUAAUGCGUAUAAAGCAGUUUAUGCCCUUGCACAUGCGCUUCAUGACCUGAUGCAGUGUGAGGAGGGCAGAGGACCAUUCAGUGGGAACAGCUGUGCUGAUAUAACCAACCUGCAGCCCUGGCAGGUAGUACAUUACCUACAGAAAGUGAACUUCACCACUGGCUUUGGGGACCAUGUGUCAUUUGAUAAGAAUGGAGAUGCUCUGGCCAUCUAUGAUGUGAUGAACUGGCAGCCGAGUUCAGAUGGUGCGAUAAGGGUCAGCACAGUUGGUGUGGUGAAUGAAGGGGCUACAGUAGGGAAGGUGCUCAUACUGAACGAGGAUGAAAUAUUCUGGAACUUCGUGAACAAAAAAGUAAUUAAAAUAUGUUCAUUUCAAAACUACUAUCAUUAUACUUCCGUUUGUUAAAAAAAAAAAAAAAAAAAACACACAAACAGACACCAUUAAUAAGAGUGAUAACAGAUGUUGUGCUCCUUAGCCCCCAAGGUCUGUGUGCAGUGAGAGUUGCCCCCCUGGCACCAGACGAGCCAGGAAGAAGGGCCUUCCUGUCUGCUGUUUUGACUGCCUACCAU